AUGCUUCUGUCGUGGACGUUUUCGAAGAGAGGCCGCCUGCCUGUGCUAGCAACGAUCGCGAAAAAACAACUACGGCCGAUUUUCACAUCUAGUCACUGUGGACCCAACCUGGCGGUUGCUCCGCGAGGUUGGGUUAAAAUUCUAGAUCCCUUCUCUGGCAGUCAACAAGCCCAGGUCCCGAUCCAGCCUCAAGAUCAUUCCCAGGGCUAUCAGUUCGACCCAUUGCUGCAUCUCCCUGGUAUCUCGCCCUACUUUGAUGCCGUAGGCUUCGGUCUCGAGCACAAGGCUCCGGAUGGCUGCAAUGUCACCGCUGCAUCGUAUCUAGUAAGGCAUGGAGCAAUAUACGCCAAUGACAAGGAGUAUGAGGAAUUCAUCAAACCAUUUCUAUGGAAGCUAGAGAAACACCGCGAGGGGUGGUCCGGCCCUCUCGCGUUCAUGUCGGAGUGGCAGUCGCCUGUUGAGGAAGACAAGUUGGAAGAAUUGACGCCUUCGGGUGCUGUCGAUGCGGCCAAGGUCGGCAAGCAUCUGCUAGAACGAUACGAGGAUUUGGUACCUAACACAAAGCGCAUCCUCGCCGACAAAAAGUCCCGGACUUACGACACUGCCAAGAACCUCAUCACAGCAUGGGCACACAACGACACCGUCGAGAUUGUCCGCGUGACAAAGAACAAGAACGGCGCCAUGGAGGAACUAAUUCCGCACAAAUCGUGCGAUGCCUUUUCAAAAGAGCCUGGCGCAGAGGAACAAGAGACCUUUAUCAACAUGUACGGCGCGAGCGUUUCAACACGUCUGGCUCCGCACAUGCCCUUCAAGCUGACGCCGAAGGACGUUGUCGGCCUUCAGCAACUUUGCGGCUACGAGAGCGCUAUCAAAGGAAAGCGUUCCGAGAUCUGCGCAGUCUUCACCGAUGCCGAAUGGAUGGCAUAUGAAUAUGCAUGGGACCUGAGGUACGCCUACAUGGUCGGACCCAUGAACCCUCUUUCUCCGUACCUUGGCUUCCCGUGGUUGCAUGCCCAGUCCAAGAUCUUCCAGUCCAUCGAUGAGAACGGAAAGCCCGGUGGCAGCUGGCCAGACGAGCAGAGAUUCUUCCUAUCCUUCACGCAUCGCGAGGUUCCUCCGUUCGUCGCGACUGCGCUGGGAUUGUUCAAUUCAUCGUCCAACUCCAGGGAGCAGUUUCCGGCUGACCACAUCAACUGGACACGCGCAUGGCGCAUGGCCGACCUGAUCCCCUUUCUCGGCCACGUAGGCAUGGAAAAGAUGACCUGCGAGCGUGGCGCCGUCUCUGGCGAUGGACCCGGCGAGUUCAUCCGCUUCAUCGCGAACACUGCGCCCCGCCCUAUCCCCGACUGCCAAACUGGGCCUGGCGCAAGCUGUCCGCUUGGCGACUUCGAACAUCUCAUCGGCAAGGGAGCGAAGAAGCACAAGGAUUUUCACAAGGUGUGCGACAAGAAGGACAAGAAGAAUGGAAAACAUGAGUAGGAAACAUGUAUAUGAAAUUGCAAGAUACCCUUAGCGUUUUGCGUAUUAUAUUAAGACUAAGUCAAGAUAGUACUGGUGAUAAUAAACCGCAGAUAUGGAUCGCAGAAUGGUAUCUCUUUGUGGUGUUGACGCAGCAGGUCCUCGAGCUCACAGACUCGAGCGAUUAACAUUUUCUUCUCCAACUCCAGCGCGGCGAUCCCAUCUAUUCCUGGAUCAUGAAACAUAGGCGUGGGGGCAGGUUGUCGACGAAAGUCCGAGAAGGAUUGAGGCAGCGAGACGAUCUCGAGAUUCCCGUGAGGGCCGGUACCUUCAGCUCGCAACGCGACCCUCGAACGACCUGCCCUUCCAGCGACG